GAAUUUUGAAGAAUCACCACCUAUUCGUUCCCCGCCUAUCAUGAAUUCAUCAUCAACUUCAUUGACCAUAAAAAAAUCUAUGGAUGGCCGUUAUGACAUUGGCCUCUCAUUGAUAGCAGCUCAAUGUGUUAGUACUAUUAGACCUAAUCCUAUCAACACUAAUCGUACUUAUCAACAACAACCUUAUUAUUGCAAUGAGAGCUUUUCAGCAUUUUUCCCUGGUAAUUAUAUUGAUGGUAUGCCAGUAACAAAAGAAUCAACAGAUAAGGCAUCAUGGGAAAAAAACUCACCUAAUGGAAUUGGACUUGGUUUCGACAAGUUGAACACUGCUUCAAAUCCAAUCGUUAUACCUUCAGCAAGACCGGCAGUUGGAUCAAGCUCUUAUUGUGAACUUGUUAAACAAUAUUGUUUCUAUAGUGGUUCACCACCAGUAAUGACUUAA